CUCUCCUAGGCCUAAGAGAUGCAGCCCGGUCUCCGGUUCCUCCUCUCCUCUUUCCCCAGCCCUCCCUUCCCAUCCUUCUCCAUCCCCUGCACGGCUGACGUGUCUGCCUGGCACUGCUCAUGCUCUCCCUCCGCCCCAAACCCGGGUCCCAACCUCGCCGCUCGCCCCCGCUUUCUCUUCUCUCCUCCCCGCCGCCUCGCCAUCGCCGUCCCCCGCGCCCGAGGCCUCCCUCCGCCCCCCUCACCCCUCCAGCUCCAGCCCCAGCCCCGCCAACAUGGCUGCAGCGCCGCGUCUGCCCUUCUGUCUCCUCGUUCUCCUCUUCUCCACUGGGCCGCGGCUGGGUCAAGCGAACCGAAGCGGGGACCGGCGCUUCGCGGAGCUGAAACGCUGCUCGGACGAGGAGUGCAGCAUGUUGAUGUACCGAGGUAGAGCUCUGAAGGAUUUCACAGGUCCAGACUGUCGCUUUGUAAAUUUCAAAGAAGGGGAAGCUGUAUAUGUCUAUUACAAAUUAGUAGGAAGAUCACCUGAACUUUGGGCUGGAAGUGUUGGCAGUGUUUUUGGGUACUUUCCAAAGGAUCUAAUUGAAGUAAAUCAUCAGUAUUCUGAACAAGAAUUAGAACUACCAACAGAUGAAACAGAUUUUGUUUGUUUUGAUGGAGGAACGGAUAAUUUUGACAACUAUGAUGUUGAAGAUCUUUUAGGAUUUGGGGGAGAAACUGUAAGAGGCAAAGGGGAAGAUGAAUUGAACACUUCAGGAACUGAAAGCUCUGAGACACCUACAGAAGAAAUGGAGGAGGAGCAUCCUAAGAAGGUAAAUAUUGAAGAACCCCUUGAAGUAUCCAAGGAUGGCAAUGAUGAGCCUGAAAUAGCAGUGGACAGUAAAGUUCUUGCAAAUUCGGAAGAAAACAGCUUACCUCCUGAAAACACUAAGAAUCUAGAGGAAGAAUUUGAAACACAGAGGCCCCCAGUCCAUGUAAAUAGUCAUGCAGAUAAUCCUCAGGGAAACCAACCUUUCCUUGAGCCCUUAGAAGAAAUACUGCAAGAUAAAUUAAAAGUGCCAGAGAGUGAGAAUGCCAAAAAUAUCAAUAUUUCUCAGCUUUCCAAGGAUUGGGAGGAAAUUGACGCCUAUAAACUUUUGAAAAAGGAAAUUAAUUUGGAUUUGAAGACAAAAUUUGGCUCAACUGCAGAUGCACUUAUAUCUGAUGAUGAAACAACUAGGCUUGUUACUUCAUUAGAAGAUGAAUUUGAUGAGGAAUUGGAUACUGAUGAUUCCAGACUUGAGGAAGAGGACAAUGAAAGCUUUGAUGAACCACCAUUACUAACUUUUACAAAUGGAGAAGAUGGGAAAACACCAGGGAACACAGUAGUUGAGAAAUAUUCAACAGGUGAAAAUACUGAAGGAGACCCUGAUGAAACAGCUCAGCUUAGGACGGGUGAAAAGAAUGAUAAAAAUAUACUGAAAGCCUUAGGAGAUACUAUUUUAUCUAUUGUUGGUGGAGGUGAAGAAGAAAGAGAUGCCACAGAUUUGGAUGGCUCUGAUUUAGAUGAAGAAAAGGUAGAAGAUAAUGAAAAAGUCCUAACUAGUAAAUGGGAAGAAGACAGCACUCCUUUGACUAUGGAAGUGCCUGUAACAAAUCAUGACAAAAACCUAGACGAUGCCCUUGAAAUUGGCAUGGCAACUGAAAUUAAGGAAAAUAGUGAGAGAAUACAGUCAUCCACAGAAGAAUUCAUGAAGAAUGGAAUGGAAUUAGGAGAUGAAGACAUUUUUAUAAAAAGUCCUACUCAUGAAACUGACCUUAAACUUAAUAAUCCUGCUGAAAAAAGAGAAGACACUUUAAAAUCACCCCUUAAUGAUGUGGGAGGUGACCUAAAGGGAACCAUUAUUCACCAGACCACAAAAGGGGAAAAGUCUGGAGAGAAGGUUUUAGAUGACAACUUAGAGAGUGAUCUUGUACAUAAAACUCUCUGGAAGAAAAUGAAAGACAAAAAUACUGAACAGAAAUCUAUAAAUACUAAACCACUGUUAGAAGAUGAACAACAAAAUGCAUCCAAAGGAAACGUGGAUAUAAUAGGUAUUUCAGAAAAUGAACAAGAGCAGGAAAUGUUUCCAGUGAAGAUGCAAGGAAAGGAAUCCAUAGAGCUAUCUGGGCUUAGAACUCAAAAUCAAGUCAACAUUUCUUCUGUAGAUCAAACUGAUUUACCAAGAGAAAAGGUGGAGGAGAAUCUUAUGUUGGGAGAAAAUUUAAUGGACCAGCAGGAAAAAGAUAUGAAAACUGAGAUUAGCAAGAAGCUGAUUGAAAAGAUCAGGCAUUCUGAAAGAGAGAUUCGAGAUCAACUUUCCAAAGAUGGAAGCAAAGAAAUGGAGAGCACACAAAGUAAAGACAAAGAUAUUCCUCAGGAUGGAGAAACAAAUUAUUUCAAAGAAAACGUAGGCCAGCCCCUUAUCAUAGAGACAACAGAAUUCCAGACAGAAAGUGAUGAUUUCUAUACAGCUGAGGAUUUGUUAGAAGAUGAAAAUGCUAUAAGCGCUGCUGCUAGUGACCAGAGCAGUAGGAUAAAUGUUGAUGUGCAAAUGAGAGAAAAAGCUACUUCAGGAGUCACUAAUCUGAUUCAUACCACGGAAGACACCAAAGAGAAAACAAGUAUGAUUUUGGAAACUGAGGGAGUAGAUAGCAGCUUGCAAGAGUCAGGCAGGACUAUGCCCAAAGAGGUAACUGCAAAGGUUGGAGAAUCUAUUAAAAUAGCUAUAGGGCAGCAAGAAAAGAAUCCCUUCAAAAAAGAUGAAAAACCCACAUCCUCUGCAAUUAGUGACUCUUCUGGCAAGGAUGAAAAUCAGGCUCAAGAUUUAGUUGAAGAGACUAAUUACUUUGAAAAAGAAGAUGGUCCAAAAAACAAAAAAGACUUCAGUUACACAGAAAGGUCUUGGCCAGAUGAUUUCUCCCAAGAGGACCUUGAAUAUUCACAGAAUUUCACUGAUGCAGAAAGCCAAACAAAUCAGCAAUCUGAUUCUACAGAGCUUGAUGAUAACUUGGUAUAUAAAAAAGCUGUUAAGUCAGAAUAUAGUGACACAAUAAAGCAACUGCCUAUCAUUAAAGGCUUUCUUGAUGAAAAACGAGUAGAAAGAUUAGAAAAGUACCUUGGGUCUGAGAAUGUCCUCUUAAUGGAAUCCACAUUCCAUGACAUGGAAAGUAAGCUAGAGCUUGCUCAAAAGGAGAGUCUGGCAUAUAAUAUGGAAAAAGCCCUGGAAGAUGUCUUUCGCUCUUCAGAAUCAAACAUCCUUGAUAUGGUAGAGAAAAUGUUGGAUUCAAGAGUGGCAGAAAACAAGGAACUGGGCAUGAAGGAGAUAGACAUGUUUGAUGAAGAGGCUGCUCUGCUGGAUGAUAUUCAGGACCUGAUCUAUUUUGUCAGAUACAAACACCCUUUGGUAGAAGAGAGUGUACCACUAGCAGCUGCUGAGCCUCCAAAACAAAGUUCUGAUGUGCCUCUUGCAGUAUUUCCUAUAGAACAAAAAACAGAACCCAAAGGAGACCAGAGAAGAAGGUUUUCAGUGAAUGAAGGAGAUACAUUGGCACCAGAGGAAAACAAGAGGCCACCAGAGAGUAUAGAAAUAAAAGUUCAUAAAGUGGAAGUACCAGAGGAGGAUAUGGACAUCUCAGAAAAGGAUGAUCUUUUGGAUUCAGGAGAGAUCAGAGAUAUCAGUGACUCAGAAGAUAGACUACUGGUUAAAGAGUCCUCCCCAGACCAAAGUAUUGUGGAAGAUUUGGCUAGAGGAAUGGUUUCAGUAGAAGAUACUCCUUUGGAUACAAAACAACAUCCUCUUGAAAUAAUUUCCACAGAAGAAACUCCUUUAGAUACAGAACAACAUCCUCUAGGUACAGUUUCCACAGAAGAGACUCCUUUGGAUACAGAACAACAACUAGAAACAAAUCCAGAUGUGCCACUGAUUCUUGCAGCUAUGAAGAGUGCAAGUCUUGUAGCAAAAGAAAGCAUGAAACAAUAUACUGAGAUGUUGAUUGCUACAUUACCUGAGGAUAUUCGACCUGGUCCUGAUUUUCGUGGAAUGCCCUGGGAGCCUAUAAUUAUUACAGUCUUACUGGGAAUUGUUUCACUUGCCAUUUUCUUCUGGAGAACGUUUCUUUCAGUGAAGAGUAGAGUUUAUCAAGUGACUGAAAAACAGCUUGCUGAGAAGAUUAAAACUCUUUUACAAGAAAAAACAGAGAUUUUAGAAAAAAUAUCAGAAUAUGAUCAGAAGAUCAAAAAAGCAAAGGAGUCAGUGAAGGAAACCAAGAAACAAAAUAUUAAUCUUUCUGAUGAAGCAGCUGGCCUUAAGGAUAAAAUGAGAGGGCUUGAAGAAACAAACCAAAAACUGGGUGACAAAGUGAAAAAUCUCCAUUCAUUGUUGGAAACUGAGAAAGAACAGAAUGUAAAGAAACAGGACAUGAUAUUGGAAACUCAGAAAUCAAUAGAAAAGCUACAAGAAGUUAUUGCAAUGCAUUCUGUUGAACUUUCAGAGGUGCAGAUAGCCCUUAAUGAAGCUAAGUUCAGUGAAGAGAAAGUAAAGUCUGAACUGCAUCAUGUGCAAGAAGAAAAUGCACGACUCAAAAAGAGAAAGGAGCAGCUGCUGCAGGAAGCAGAAGGUUGGAGUGAGCGACACACUGAACUCAGUGAGCAAAUCAAAUUAUAUCAGAAGACUCAGAAAGACACCGAAGAAGCCCUUGCUUACAAAGAGAAUGAAAUUGAAGUUUUGACUAAUUGCAUUAUGCAGCUGAAACAACUUGAUCUUGAUUCUGAAUCUGAGCGCAAAAAUAAUGAAGAAGGAAAUGGAUGGGAUGACUUAGCCAAUGGAGAACUGUCAGAUAAAAUCACCUCAGAUAAUCGGAAUGAGAAGAUGAAGAGCCAGAUUAAACAGAUGAUGGAUGUCUCACGGGUUAAAACUACAUUAACAAUAGUUGAAGAAGAUAGAAACCAAUUGCAGUCCAAACUCAGUGAUGAAAUAAAAGCUCGGCAUGAAUUGGAAGAACAAAUUAAGAAGUUGGAACAUGACUCUUCUUCUCUGCAGUCAGCCAAAGCACAGUUGGAAAAUGAAUGUAAAACUCUGCAACAAAAAGUGGAGAUUCUUAAUGAACUCUACCAGCAGAAAGAGAUGGUUCUGCAGAAGAAGCUCACUCAGGAAGAGUAUGAAAGGCAAGAAAAGGAGCAAAAGCUCACUGCUGCAGAUGAGAAAGUCAGCUUGGUUGCAGAAGAAGUGAAAACUUAUAAGCAAAGAAUUCAGGAGAUGGAGGAUGAAUUACAGAAAACAGAGAGGUCAUAUAAGAAUCAGAUUGCUAGUCAUGAGAAGAAGGCCCAUGACAACUGGCUCAUUGCUCGUGCUGCAGAAAGGGCUCUUGCAGAGGAGAAGAGGGAAGCAGCCAACCUGAGACAGAAAUUAAUAGAAGUGAAUCAAAAGAUUGCAAUGCUCCAAAGACCAAUGAUUGUAAAGCCAACUCCAGGAAGACCUGAUCAUCAGAUUCCGCCACGGAGAGGGCCCCUCAGCCGAGACGGCUCUUUUGGUCCAUCCCCUGUGAGUGGUGGUGCACCCUCCCCACCACUGAUGAUAGAACCGCCUAUACGGUCAGUCUCUGCUACUCUUAACCGAAGAGAUGUACCUAGAAGUGAAUUUGGAUCUAUGGAUGGGCCUCCUCUUGGUCCUAGUCUGAGGAGGUCAUCUGAAGUAUCUGGAAGAACGUCUGCCUCUGAUUUGGGUCCUGGUCCAGUCCCUUUGAUGAAUAGUGGCCCAAGAAGCUCUUCUCCCUCAACAGUGCUGGAUGGCAUGCAAACCCUUCCCCCAGAGGCUGAAGGCCCCUGUGCUCCUACUGUUCUACCAUCAGCUGAGGAGUCAGUACCAGUUAACACUGGUCCCAAAGGCCACCCACCAUUCCCAGGAAUGCCCGUCAUGUCACCAAUAGGAGGACCUCCACCACCACCUCUUCGAUUUGGACCACCUCCUCCACUACGAGGACCUUAUGGGCCUCGACCUCUUCCUCCACCUCUUGUUCCUGGUGGUCCUCCACCUCCAAGCUUUCGGGAGUACUUACAUGGCCUUCCACCAGGAGUAAGGGACCUACCUCCUGACCCUCGAGAGUAUAUACGUGGACACCCACCUUUUGGACCUCUAGGCCCUCCUGGCCCAAGAGAGUACCUUCCUCCUGGCCCACGACUGCCGCCUCCAGCCCAUGGUCCAAGGGACUACCCACCUCCACCUUUUACAAGAGACUUGACACCUUCAGGUUCUAGAGACUGUGCCCCCCCUCAUCCACCUCAUGCCUCUCAAGGAAGCACACAGGACUAUGCACAGGCUCCAGAACAGAGCCCAUGACUUUAGCCUUCAAACUGAGAGAAUGGACUGUUGGAACUUCAUACAGGUAAAAGACUUCAUUAGCUUCAAAAUAAAUUUUACUUUAAUUUCAUGAUUAGCUUCAUAUGUAGGUUUGUUUACUCUCUAUUUUUUGCAGGACAUUGUUUUUUCCAAUUAAGCUGCCCCUGGCAUCAUUGUGCAUUUAUGAGCCAAACUAUUCAACCUCUCCAUAAUCUGAGAUACAAAAAUAUAUUUUUUGCCAUGAAUGAGGACCUUUUAAGCUGUAGCUUUUUCCAGCUCUUUAAAUGUGCAAUACAAAAAUAUACCUGUGUUUUAGUUUUAUGUAAUUGAUGAUUUCAAAUGUCAUAAAUGUAAUCAGAACAUUUCCUGUGGAAAUACUUUAUUAAAAAAGGUUAAGCGCUA